CUAGCUAGGGUGUUGGGUUUCAAAAUACGGCCAGCCCAAAUUCUGCGAGGCUUUUCCUGCGUCUUUAGGACAAGCAUCACUCUCAGAGGAAGUGACUUGUGAUUGCCUGCGCGCACUGCGCCGAAUUUAGCAAAGACAAACAAAAACAAAGGGAGGGAAGCCAAGUCAAACAGAAGAACAAAAUGGCAAACACGACCAAUGAGACAGCUUGCAAUCCAGCAAGCACAAUCGACAGCAUCAUACAUGCCAACGACGUGGUCUCCAGAGCAAACUACUGCUACAUGUUCUGCGCAGUGCUGGGCUUCGCCUCGGGGCUCUUCCUCUUCUACAGCUUCUUCAAGUCCUACAGAGCCCGGAGGAACUGGACCUGGCUGGACAGCUUCCUGUGCGCCCUCUCCGUCUCCGAAUUCGUCAUCCUGCUCUGCUCCCUCUCUUCCCUGGCUCACCGGCCGAACUACCUCAGCACCUCCAACCUCAACUGCACCCUCCUGUCCUUCCUGUUCAACGGGGCCUUCUUCAGCGGGCAGCUCCUGCUGGUGCUCAUGGGCUUCUUCCUGACGUUCGACCGGGACCCGCCCAGCUCGGCCCUGCUCCAGCGGGCCCGGGACACGCCCGCCGCGUGCGUGGCCCUGACCGCCGCGCUGUCGCUGCUCUGCUCGGCGCUGCUGGCGGGGCUCCUGGGGGCGGGGCAAAAACCCUACGAAGUCGGCUGUUGCCGGCUGGACCCGCGGUGGUACGGCUACAAGGCCACCAAGCUGCUCCUGGGCUUCGUCCUGCCCAACCUCCUCCUGCUGGCGCUCCUGGCGGCCGGCUGCGUGCUCUGGGGGAGGCCCGGCGGCGGCGGCAGCGGCAGCUUCCUGUCCAGGCUCAAGGCCUUCCCGGCCUUCCUGGCCGUGGCCCUGGUGACCUUCGUCUGCCGGCUCUUCUACAGCGGCGUGCUGAUGAAGCUGGAAGGGGAACCGCUGAUGAGCGUGGCCGAGUUUGUGCUGUUCUUGGGGAGCUGCGGCAGCCUGGUGCUGGUGCUGCUGCUGCACGGGCCCUGCAGGGAGAGCCUGCAGGCUGCCGCCCGUCGCCUGGGCGACUGCUGCCGCAGUGUGGGCGCCAGGGACACCAACCGCCACAUCAUGGCCCCCCGCAUCGAGAUCACAGACACGGAGCAGAGCUACGACCAGUGAAACCCACAGUCGCCGACGCCCUUAACUCAGGCCUAUUUAUAUUGCGUUUCGUUUCAUUUUUGCCUGCUUAAAACUGCAACCGAACGCAGGUUAAUGCCUUGGGAUGAGCCUAGCUUCAAUCUCAGGACUGACUGGAAACAAAAUGGUUUAUAUAUAAUGCAAUAUAAAAUGUAUUUGUAAUCUGUAAAUACAAAUUCU